AUGGUGUUCUACUUCUUCCCUCGUGGCCAUGUGGAGGGCAAAGACGACUAUCUCAUCUACAUGGGCCGUGACAAGUAUGAGAAUGAGGACCUGAUCAAGUAUGGCCUGCCCACGGACGUGUGGUUCCAUGUGGACGACCUGUCGUCUGCUCAUGUGUACCUGCGGCUGCCGGAGGGCACUACAAUGGACGACAUUCCAGAUUACACACUGGAGGACUGCUGCCAGCUGGUCAAGGAGAACUCCAUUCAGGCGUCAUUCCCUGGAUUUGCCAUCUUAGGCUGCAAGCUCAACAAUGUGCCCAUCGUGUACACGCCCUGGGCCAAUCUUAAGAAAACAGCAGACAUGGAUAUUGGCCAGGUGGGUUUCCACGACGCCAAGCGUGUGCGCAAGGCCAAGGUGGAGCGCAAGAGCAACGACAUUAUAAAGCGGCUGGAGAAGACCAGGGACGAGCGCAACCCCGACCUGCGGGCGGAGAAGGAGACAUUUGAGGCGCUAGUGCGCGCCCGCAAGCGGGCCGAAGAGCGGCAAGCGCGGCAGGAGGCCAAGGUGGCCAAGGACGAGCAGCGGCGGCAGGAGGACCUCAAGAGCUACAAGCACAUAAUGAAGGAAGAAAACAUGGUGUCCAACGCCGAGCUGCGGGAAAAGUACACCACGCCGCAAGACUAUGAGGAGGACUUCAUGUAA